CUUCCUCCUUCCUUCCACCUCACCCCAACCCCAACCCCAACCCUGGCCCCGUCCCGCGCGUACGGAGGAGGGGCCCAUGCAUGCAUGCGGGUGAGGUGACAAGGACGCGGCCACGGGGAUCACCGGCGCACCGACCGGGAUGUUGAAGGUGAGGUGGUUGCCGUUCAAGAAGACCCAUCUCGCCCGCAGCAACGCCUCCGACGCGUCCUCCCCCACCUCCGCCGCCGCCGCCACCGCCACCGCCGUCACCACCCACCGCCUCUACCAAGUCUGGAGGGGCAGGAACAGAUUCCUGUGCGGCGGGCGGCUCAUCUUCGGCCCGGACGCCAGCUCCAUCGUGCUCACCGUGUCGCUCAUCAUGACGCCGCUCGCGCUCUUUGUCGCCUUCGUCUCCUUCCACCUCGCCGCCCUCAUCGGGAAGCCGCUCGGCCAGGCCGUCCCGGCCGUCGCCAUCGCCGUCGGCGUAUUCGACGUGAUCGUGCUGGUGAUGACGUCGGGGCGGGACCCGGGGAUCAUCCCGCGGAACGUGCGGCCGCCGGAGCCCGAGGACAUCGGCGUGUCGUCGCCGGCGUUCGGCGGCGGCGGGUCGCUCCCGCCGACGCGCGACGUGUACGUGAACGGCGUGGUGGUGAAGGUGAAAUACUGCCACACCUGCCUCCUCUACCGCCCCCCUCGCUGCUCCCACUGCUCCGUCUGCAACAACUGCGUCGAUCGCUUCGACCACCACUGCCCCUGGGUCGGCCAGUGCAUCGGCAAGAGGAACUACAGGUUCUUCUUCAUGUUCAUCUCGUCGACGACGUUCCUGUGCCUGUACGUGUUCGUCUUCUGCUGGGUGAACCUGGCGAUGACCGCGAGGCAGUUCGGCUGCAGCAUGGGGCGCGCGGUGGUGGAGUCGCCGGUGUCGGGGAUCCUCAUCGUGUACACGUUCGUGACGGCGUGGUUCGUCGGCGGCCUCACCGCGUUCCACUCCUACCUCGUCUGCACCAACCAGACCACGUACGAGAACUUCCGCUACAGGUACGAGCGGAAGGCGAACCCGCACAACCGCGGCGUCGCCAAGAACGUCGCCGAGAUCUUCCUCUCGCCGAUCCCGCCGAGCCGGAACGACUUCCGGUCAAGGGUCGCCGUCGAGCACUACUACGCCGCCGGCGCCGGGGCGGCGUCGGGGCAGUACUUCUACUCCUACUCGAUCGGGCCGCUCUCGUCGGAGUCCAAGGCGGCCAGCUUCAACACGCGGGGGAGCCUCAGCUUCGACAUGGCCACGGCGAGCUUCGACCUCGGCGGCGUCGGCGUCGGCGGCGGCGUCGGAGGAUACUCCGCCAAGCGCACCAGCGUCGACGUCUGCUCCAACUCCUCCGACUUCGGCGACAUCUACGGCGGCGAGCAGCAGCCGCCGCGGCACUCCAUCUUCGGCGGCGACGGCGGAGGAGGGAGGACGAGCGUCAGGAAGGCCGACGACGUCCCGACGGAGUUCGGGCACUACGGCGCCGCCGCUGCCGCCGCCGCCGGCGGCGGCGGCGGCCGGCCUCGCGGGAGGGAGUUCGAGGCCGUGUGACGUCGCCGCCGCCGUCGUCUCCAAGUGCGUUGGCGCCAUUUUCUUGGGAGCUCGACGAUGCAACGCAGCUAAUUAAUCGAUCAAUUAAUGUAGCGAAUUUUUCUCUGUUUUUUUUUGGUGAUCUUGUGCUUCCGCUGCUCGUGUGUUGUGUAGUAGCUUUGGUUGAUCAGCUUCCUCAUGCUUGCUAAUGGAGUAGUGGUUUCCAUAGCAUUCUAGUACUACUUGCUUAACUUGAUUUAGUGAAGGUGAUGUAUACACACACAAAUGCACACACACAUGGGUUUAAUUUUGUGUAAUUAGGACUGUGCAUAUAUAUAAACGGUGUUCAUGAGUUAUCCAAA